AUGUCUCCAUCUUCGACGGGCGAAUCUCCUCACUCAGCCUCCAUGACUGCUGCGGCCAGGCCGUUUGCCGUCCCUUCACGCGACAGCUUCUCGCUAGAAAUCCCGGCGGCUUCACUCACGGCCAUAUCCAACGAGAUUGGAAUAAAAUCCCCUGUUAAUUUCAAGAACCAGCGCACAGCUAGUUUCAGCAGAGACACCAUGUUGAGCUCGGCGCAAAAACCCCGUCAUCUCUCCCAGUCAUCUGAGAACAGAACCGAUACCAUGACCAACGGCACACAGAAACUCCCGAGUGAUGAAGGCUCGAACCCGCUCAAGAGGAGGAAUACCGAAACAGGUGUCGACUAUCCUCGGCGCAGGGCCACCAUCGCUUGCGAGGUUUGUCGUUCGAGAAAAUCCCGCUGUGACGGGACUAAACCCAAAUGCAAACUAUGUACCGAGCUUGGUGCUGAAUGCAUCUAUCGAGAGCCGGGUAUCAAACUGGAUGCCGGCGACAAGCUGAUCCUCGAGCGGUUAAAUCGUAUCGAAAGCCUGCUGCAGAUGAGUAUGGUAAGCACGUCGCCAAACGGUCUCAACUUGACCCAAGACUCGCCUGGUAUGAGCAAUGGCACGGGGCUCAGUGGCGACAACCUUGUUAUGGCUGUCAACCCCACCAACUUUGUCUCUAUUCCCAACGGUGGAUUUGGCACUUGGUCUGCUCAACCGAUCGGUACGAACAUCUCUACCAUGCCCAAGGUUCACACCAACGCUGCCAUGCAUUUGUUGCAAUGGCCUCUCAUCAGAGAUUUGGUCUCUCGGCCGUAUGAUCCGCAAAUCCUCCUCCAGUUGGAAAUGGCCCGAGAGCCGCUCCAUUCUCUGACGAAAACUCCUUGCGUGGAUCUCUCGAAUACCCAGGCAUAUAUCGAGGCUUACUUCGAGAGGGUCAACGUUUGGUACGCCUGCGUCAAUCCCUAUACCUGGAGGAGCCAGUACCGAACCGCCCUUUCCAACGGUUUCAGAGAAGGACCAGAGAGCUGCGUGGUACUUCUUGUUUUGGCACUUGGCCAAGCAAGUCUACAUGGAAGCAUAUCUAGGAUCGUCCCCCAAGAGGAUCCACCUGGUUUGCAAUACUUCACGGCGGCCUGGUCACUUCUUCCGGGUAUGAUGACCGCGAACAGCGUUGUUGCAGCCCAAUGCCACCUGCUUGCUGCUGCAUAUCACUUUUAUCUGGUCCGGCCUAUGGAGGCAUGGAAUCUUCUCUGCACUACCAGCACGAAACUCCAGCUCCUCCUCAUGGCACCGAGCCGCAUCCCGAGCCAUCAAAAAGAACUUGUGGAGCGCAUUUACUGGAACGCUCUCCUGUUCGAGAGUGACCUACUCGCAGAGCUCGACCUACCUCACUCAGGCGUGGUGCAAUUUGAAGAAAACGUUGGCCUCCCGUGUGGAUUCGAAGGUGAAGAGUCGGAGCAGGCCGUUGGGCGUGAUGAGCUUUGGUACUUCCUUGCUGAGAUUGCCCUGCGUCGACUCCUAAACAGAGUGAGCCAACUCAUCUAUUCGAAAGAUUCGAUCGCAUCAACAACAAGUUUGGAGCCAGUUGUCGGGGAACUCGACUACCAGCUAACGCAGUGGUACGAAAGCCUACCAUUACCACUGCAGUUUCCCUUCACACGAACUGUCCUUCAAGACCCUAUCCAAACGGUGCUUCGACUUCGGUUCUUCGCCUGCCGCACAAUAAUCUACCGGCCAUACAUCCUGGCAGUAUUGGACAAUGAGCAGGCAGUUUUAGACCCUGCUGUGCGGGAGAACUGUCACAAAUGUCUCGAGGCUUCCAUCCGCCAGUUGGAGCACAUCCACGAACAUCAUGCUGGACACAUGCCAUAUAUCUGGCAGGGGGCACUGUCCAUGGUCUCUCAAACUCUACUCAUCAUGGGCGCCAGCAUGUCACCGUCCUUGCUUGGCAUCUUGCUAACAUUGGUGCCCCAUCGAGAAGCUCUGGAUCAAAUCAUCAACGAGGUGGUCCUGGAGGUUGAACGAUACGCAACCCUGGCUCCAAGUCUAAGCCUAGCCGCCGAGAUCAUCAAGGAGGCCGAGGUGAGAAGGCGAGCGUUUCUGGGAACCCCCUAG